AUGUCUGCACAAGUCCAAAUCCCUAGCUUUGACUUGGGGCCUCUGGCUUUGCAUUCGAAGAAAGCCGAGCCUGCCGCCCAAGUCGACCAAGUCAAACCACAGGAGCCACUCGAUCGCUCAGGCUCAACCUCGUCGGAUGUCACUGCUGUGUGUCCAGACAACACCUGUUGGAACGAGAAAGCCACCCAUGAAGAUGUUUCUCAUCAGAUCAUCAGUUCCUAUUUCAUCGGCCCUCAGGCCGAGAACCUUCCCUACUUUGAACGGAAUAUCCGCACCAUCCUUGAAGAGCUUCGGUUAGCUCGUACCAAAUAUUUCCCUUGUGACGGGAAAUUCAUCAACGAAGAUGUGCAAAAGACCCCUGCAUUCCGGAAGUCGAUGGACAAGCUCAGCAGAGCUGUCCAGAAGGCAGCCAAUAUCCUCGGACGUACAUCUAUCCCAUUUUGGUCACCACGAUACGAGGCCCACAUGUGCACCGACAUGAGCAUGGCGUCACUGCUCGGCUACUUCAUGACCAUGAUCUACAAUCCCAACAACGUCGCGCUGGAGGCUAGUCCUCUGUCGACAGUGGCUGAGAUUGAAGUUGGUGAGCAGCUCUGCGAACUUUUCGGCUAUAACAUCGAUGAGGACAACCUUGAGACCCCAACGGGUUGGGGGCACGUCACUUGUGAUGGGACCGUUGCCAAUCUGGAGUCUAUCUGGGUUGCCCGGAAUCUCAAGUUCUAUCCUGUUUCCCUGCGCGAGGCUAUGAAAGAUGGCCAACCGCUGGAUUUUCUGAGCUCCAGGUUCUACGUGGAAACCUGCAAAGGCCAGCAGAAACUCUUCUCUGAGCUUUCGAACUGGGAGUUGCUUAAUCUCAAACCGACGGAUGUGCUGGACCUGCCGGAUAGAUUAUACCAGGAACACGGCAUUUCUAACUCUUUCCUCUCGAGCGUCAUGAACAAGUUCACCAUCCAGUCUACUGGCAAGGAUGUACUAGAACAGGAGUAUACCAACGGCAAGCCUGCACAGUACAUGUUGGCAACCACGAGGCACUACAGUUGGCCCAAGGGUGCUGCAAUCUGCGGUAUUGGGUCCGAUAAUGUGGUGGGUGUUCCGGUUGACAAUGCAGCACGUGUCGACCUCGAAGAGCUGGAAAAGUCACUCGAGAAGAAUCUCCAAGAGGAGCACCCCGUUUACGCAGUCGUCGCCAUCAUCGGCUCAACUGAGGAGGGUGCUGUUGACCCGUUGUCCUCCAUCCUGGCGCUGCGCAAGCAGUUCCAGGCCAAGGGACUCUCGUUCCUCGUCCACGCCGAUGCCGCCUGGGGCGGCUACUUCUGUUCCAUGCUGCCAAAGGAGUAUCACCCGGGAGAUGUGAUCAACCUGCCAACUGAGAUGGGUAGUGCCGACGGCUUUGUACCCGACGCAAGUUUGAGGGCACAGACGCAAGAGGACUUAUACGCAAUGCGUUUCGCAGAUUCCAUCACUGUCGACCCACACAAGGCUGGUUACAUUCCGUAUCCGGCGGGAGGUUUGUGCUAUAGGGAUGGGCGCAUGCGCUUCCUAGUUACGUGGACUAGUCCUUAUCUUUCCCGAGGCUCGGUCACGAGCAUCGGAAUUUACGGCGUAGAGGGAAGUAAGCCAGGAGCAGCGGCAAUGUCCGCUUGGCUUUCCAACAAGACGAUUGGCCUUGACCAGAAGGGCUAUGGCACUCUACUCGCUGAAGUAACUUGGACCUGCACACGUCUUUCCGCAGAAUGGGCCGCCUUAACCGAUUCUUCCAGCCCUUUCAUAUGUGUGCCUUUCAACGAACUGCCCUCGGAGCUUGUUGAAGGAUUUACCCCGGAAAGUGUUGAAGCUGAAAAGGCUCGAAUCCGGCGCGAUAUUCUCCAGAAGAGCAAUUCCCAGAUUGUCUUAGAUGAUCAGUCUCGACCGGACGACCAAAAGGCCAUGAAGCUCAUGCGCGACCUGGGUUCUGAUCUCAACAUCAACGCCUUUGCCCUCAACUUCCGUCACGCGAAUGGUAAACUCAAUGAAGAUGUGGAAGAAGCCAACUACCUCAUGCAACGAGUCAUCGAGGAGCUAUCUGUUGACAGUCCCACGGAUGACCCAACUAAGAUCCCUCUUUACUUGACCUCCACCGAAUUCUCCGACGAGCUCUAUGGAAAAUGUAAGAAGCACUUCAUGAAGAGACUUGGACUCGAGGACAGUACCCAGGACCUCAUGGUCUUGCGAAACGUUGUCAUGUCUCCGUUUCCUACAGACGGCAAUUUCAUCAACCGGCUGGCCAAAACAUUCUAUGAUACAGUCGAGGCUAAAACAAAGAUUGUUCGCAAACGCAAUGAGUUGGGUGAAGAUUUCCACAGUUUUCUCAUCCAAGGUAUAGAACAGAUCUACCUCGUCCACCUACCGAUGUUUCACGUUGCGAAUCACCGUCAACAACUCAUUGUCUCAGCCACAUUUGACAAUAAGUCGCGGGAGAAGUACCUCGAGAUGAAGAACUCCAACCCCACAGAGCCCAUGAUGCUCGUCACUCAGCACAAGACCUACAUGCAAGACAUUGUCAAGAACAACGGCACUUUCAAGGGUCAGAUUAUGACGAAGGAAUCUGGGAUUAUACUCAAGAACAUCAGUGUUACCGUGACGGCCACAGUGGUCAGUCGACCCCUAAACUCACGAUGGCGGCUCAAGGACUACCCUGCAAAGUGCAUGCCUUUUUACCUAUACGGCACCGCAUCCGAGGCGAACAUAGAUCAUGUCAUAGUCAAGGCUCCCAAUACCCAGCUUUCAGCCGGUAGAUGCAAGCUAGAGCUCGAAGGAGAGACAGAUAAGGAUUUCUGGUCGAAGCCACUGGUCCUACUGCUCGAGGACGUCUACGAGGCCCCCAUGCAGCCCUUCCCACCCAACAGCGAGAUUGCAAGCAAACACGGCGCGAUCAUCGCGCACUCACACCACAAUGCCCCCGCUCCCACCUCAGCUGGAGACUCUUUGUCUCCACCGGAAAAGGGGUAUGAUGUCGUCACAAGUGAGACACGCAGUGGAAAGAUGCGCGGCUCGGGCUUCUUCUUCCGACCCGGCGCGCGCUUCAGGAUCAGCGUGUGGGAGGAACGGGGCCGCGGUAAUGACAGCGCUGAGUAUGCGAACAGCAAGCGCGGAAAGCAGCUUGGCAAGGGGACGCUGGAGCUGGGCCAGAGUGUGUUUGUGGACAGCGAGGCCAUGAACUUUGAUCCAUUUAAGAAGGCCGAGAAGGUUAACGAGUGGCGGUAUGAGUUUGACCAGAUUGGCAAGGAGCUGGACUAA